AUGGCCGACAGGGGAUUACAUGCGCUGUGUAAUAUUCGAAGCGAAUAUGACAGAACUGGCUAUUCCGCCGAAUCUCGAGUUCCGGCACGAUACUGUUGCUUUAAACGGUCCAAUUGCAAUCCGCAUUCAGCACCUGGGUCAAUGAAUUUCACCGGUCCCAGACCCCGGCGAGCAAUAGGCUCAAAAUGGGACUGUUCGUUCGGACCCGAAUCACUGCUUUUAUACCGACCGACCAUUUUGGUGUCGCAUCCUUUUAUGGAAUAUUCCUCAAGACUAUCAUCUUCUUCCUUUUUUAUUUGGGAACUAUUCGGUAUCGGGUGCACACAUGUUGGAUGUCGGAGUGGACGCGGAGAGACGGAGUGCGACUGCGCAUUGAAUUCCUCGGGUGUCGCUGUUCCGGCUCCUCCUCCGAACAUUUUCCGUCCCAUACAAGUUGUACUUCAGCUUCAACUGGAAACGCUGUUGACCGAAUCGCAGUACGCCGAUCCAUUUGUUCUUAAAAUGUUAUUUAAAAUAACAGAAAGUUAG